AACACUUUUGGCUACACCACAAAACUAGAGCAUGCCCAUACCAUUGAAUGCUCUCUCUGUCUAGGGUUCCUUGCAGCUUCUAGGAGGAGAGCAGAGCAUCAAUGGCUGUCUUCAUGAUAGUGCUUAUCUGUUUCCUCUGUUUGGUCUGCAUCUGCUCUGCUCUUCUCAGAUGGAAUGAAGUUAGAUACAGAAAGAAAGGCCUCCCUCCAGGCACAAUGGGCUGGCCAGUCUUUGGUGAAACCACUGAGUUUCUCAAACAAGGCCCAAACUUCAUGAAAAACCAGAGAGCAAGGUAUGGGAGUUUCUUCAAAUCCCACAUAUUGGGGUGCCCUACAGUGGUAUCCAUGGAUCCAGAGGUGAACAGAUACAUCCUAAUGAAUGAAGCCAAAGGGCUGGUUCCUGGCUACCCACAAUCCAUGUUGGAUAUUUUGGGAAAAUGCAACAUUGCCGCAGUCCAUGGCUCCACUCACAAGUACAUGAGAGGCGCAUUGCUUGCCCUCAUUAACCCAACCGUGAUCAGAGACCAGAUUUUGCCCAAAAUUGAUGAGUUCAUGACAUCCCACCUCGCUGGCUGGGACAACCAAGUUAUCAACAUUCAAGAAAAAACCAAAGAGAUGGCACUUUUAUCAUCUCUGAAGCAGAUUGCAGGCAUUGAAUCAAGCUCAAUUACUCCAGCAUUCAAGACAGAGUUCUUCAAGCUUGUGCUAGGCACCCUUUCAUUGCCUAUUGAUCUUCCUGGCACGAAUUAUUACCAUGGUUUUCAGGCAAGGAAGAAUAUUGUAAGCAUGUUGGAAAAACUCAUAGAAGAGAGAAGGGCUUCCAAACAAGUUCAUAAAGACAUGCUUGGCUGCUUACUGACAAGUGAUGAAAACAAACACAAACUCAGUGACGAAGAAAUAAUCGAUAUGGUCAUCACGAUUUUGUAUUCGGGUUAUGAGACGGUUUCCACUACUUCCAUGAUGGCUGUCAAGUACCUCCAUGAUCAUCCCAAAGUGCUUGAAGAACUCAGAAAAGAGCAGUUAGCAAUUAGAGAAAAGAAAAACCCAGAGGACCCAAUUGACUGGAACGACUUGAAAUCUAUGAAGUUUACUCGUGCGGUAAUAUUUGAGACCUCAAGAUUAGCUACAAUUGUGAAUGGGGUAUUGAGAAAAACGACUCAAGAUAUGGAACUAAAUGGAUAUUUGAUUCCAAAAGGCUGGAGAAUUUAUGUGUAUACAAGAGAGAUUAAUUAUGACUCCUUUCUGUAUCCGGAACCAUUAACCUUCAAUCCUUGGAGAUGGCUGGACAAGAGCUUGGAGUGUUCAAACUAUUUCUUUAUAUUUGGAGGGGGCACUAGGCUAUGUCCAGGAAAGGAGCUGGGAAUAUCAGAAAUUUCAACUUUCCUGCACUACUUUGUAACUAGAUACAGGUGGGAAGAAGUUGGGGGAGACAAACUGAUGAAAUUUCCACGAGUAGAGGCACCGAAUGGACUGCACCUUAGGGUUUCAUCUUACUGACUAAUAUAUGUACAUAGAAAAAAUAGAGAAAAUAGUAUAUAGGGCAUGUGAGAGAAAUAUGAUGUAUGAUAAGGUGCUAACAUAUUAGAAAAACUAAUGGAAUUUGAGCAUUUUCCUUUCGUUGGA